CAUGCGCACUCGAUAUUCGUUGCAAAACUGCCGCGGAUUUUCUUUCGCAGUAGAUUGUCCGUUACCAGUAAAGAGACCGCUGUUGCUGGUUCACACGAACCGAACGCGACCCGUCCGUUGUCAUUCGCACAUUUGCGCUCCCGUUCUCGCAUCUACAAGAGUCCCAGUCGCCUCGGUUCCUUUUCAAGAUGAAGUUCUUCACUGUCAUCCUCAUUGCAGCAGCCAUCGCCACUCAGGGAGUCACUGCUCAGACCCCCACUGCCACUACGGCGACCCCUGCGACGAACGCACCGACCACGGCCCCUCCUACUACACCCGCGACGCAGGCGCCCACAACCGCCCCUCCUGUACCCGCGACGCAGGCUCCAACAACAGCUCCCACGACAACCAGCGCGCCGGCGCCCACAACCGGCGAGAUGGAUGGAAGUGGCAGUGAGACCACCGAGACCACUCUCGAAGGCUCCGAAAGCGGAUCUGGAGGCAGCACCACCGAUGUUGGUGACGAGUCGACCUCGGCCUCGGGCUCGAAAGAAUCGGGAUCCAGUGGGGCCAACACGCAGAUGUUCUCGCUCGCUGCAUCGGCCGUCGUUGCCACAAUGGCAACUUAUCUCUUCUAAGUGUUCACUUGGAGAGGUUGUCCGUUUAGGUUAAAUGCUUGAUAUAAAUUUCGAUCAACAUUGAUUCCGAAAUUCAAAAAG